AUGAAAGGAAAAGUCAGUGAAUAUCUAUUUGAGAAAUCAAAUUUCAAUUUUCAAAUGCGCGGAAAUAACAAGCAGCUGUCGCUUAGAUCAAAUUCGAUUUUCCGCACUGACACGAUAAGCGGCUAUGCAAGAGGAAAUGGUACCAAAAUUAAAUCGAGGAAAGCGCAACGAAUGAAAUUAAAAAAAAAUCAAAAGAAGUGCAACAUUAAAGUGGAAGCAAAACUUUUACAACAAACAAUUAAUUUAAUCUCCCAUGAGAUUCCUAAUUGA